GAAAAGCCCCCCAAGCUGCUGACCGCUCCCUCUUGAGGAAAAUUGGCAAAAGCUUAAAUAUUUCACUUGCUUUCUUGUUCAAGAACAAGAAUUAGGACCUAGAAGCCUCCUAAAACAAGAAAAAUCCCAGAUCUAGCUGCCUUCCUCCUUCCCUGUCGGUGGUUUCAACUUGGUGUGGGUGUGAAUUUCUUGGUUUCUAGUUGCCGUGAGUUCCUCCAUUUCUUUUCCCCAUCGGCUUCCUUCCCAGCCAGACCCGGUGCUGCUUGCCGGAAUUUUCUGGUAAUGAUACUCAACACAUGGGGAGCCGGGGGAGUGACGAGCUAGACGGUUAGGCAUUAUUUUGGAUUUAGAUCUUUUGGAGUUAGGCCGCUAGUCUCUCAUGAUUGACCCAAAUAACCAUUUUUGUGUACAAAGUUUCCUUGGUUAUAGCCAUAACUGAUUAUAAACUGUUAUAUAUCUGGACUAGCAAAUUUUUGGAAAUCAAAAGUUAGUCAUUAACCGAGUUUUCAGAUUUAAGCUAUGUAAUUGGUAAUUAUGAACACAAAAAAUGAGAAAUAAAAUCAUAGGAAAUGCGCUCUACAAUCAUAGGAGAUUGUUUAUAGUCGAUGAUGAAAGUCAUGAUACUACUAGAAGGGUUGCUGGAACACAGUAAUUGUAAUAGUCCUUGAAUGCCGAUUCUUGCUCUUUGUAUAUCCAUGAUAAAUUUUUGCUUAUAAAUUUUUAUAAAAUUUCAAAUUACAA